CCACUAAUUACCACGACAGUAAAAUUGCAUAACUAGUGUGUGAUCUUCACCUCUCCAGUUCAUCGUUUCCAGCCAAAACCGAUUCGCGAAUCCUCAGUGAUGAACUGGGUUCAACGCAAGAUUUAUCUUUACAAUGUUACAUUCGGGCUCUACAUGCUGGAUUGGUGGGAGCGUUACCUUUUCAAUACGCUGGUUAUCGUGUUGAUGUGGUUUGUUUUCUACAACAGUUCGCGAUACGUCGCUGACUUCUGCAAAAGGCAUAUGCACUGAGUAUGCUUUGUGUAGUGGACACUAGCACGGAGUUGUACGUCAUGGAGGAAGGCUGAGGAAUAAGGAAGUCCGACCACAGCCUAACAACAGUUGCAGUUUGCCAAGAUAUGUCAAUUGAAUUCUUGUAAAUCUACUUUUGCUUUUCUUUAUCAUAAACCUUCAAAUCGGUAGUCGUAAGCUAUUGUGCACUGAACCACGGGUCAAAGAACAAAUUCGUCUGUUAACUUGUUGUGAAAGAUGAAAUCGGUUUGUUCAUUCA